UCUACCGGGAAAUUCAUUCGCUUGGCUUCAUUUCAGGGUCACGACAAAUACAGCUACUGGAACAACACGGCGUGUUGACAAGGCCACAUAGGUCGUCAUCAGAAGUGAUUAUUUGUCACUAAAGGGGGCUUUGCUUUCUCCAAGACCUAAUUAUAAGGGUUUUUCCGUUGGUGGAAUACAGGCUCUUGAAAGUGAAAGUCUUAAAAGACGGUUUGUGGCGACGCAGCACUGAUCCACCGGUUGGGCUGAAGAAAAAGAAUGGAAAAAAAGUGCUUUUUGAAAAAUCAAACUGAGUGAGGUCUCUUUAUCCAAACAUCAUGGCACUCCUGUGGAUAGGGGAUGAAAUAAGUAUUAUUGCAUGCGCGUAGUCUAUUGGUAAACAUUAAAAUAGGACGCACAGGAGUGAUAGCGCUAGCAGCUCGGAGAGCCUUCAUCAGGGGCCGUCCGAAUAGUUUCUUCGGAGAGGGUGCCAGUGUUGUCCUGUUCACUCAGUGGAUGAGGAUUUGCUUUGGCCAAGAGGUUGUCGACCUUUUUUAAUUUUUGUAUAAUUUGGAUCCCUGAAGAACAUUACAUUUUAUUACCAAAGGGGAGGCUCACCAUUACCCAUUUCAAGUUCAUCAACAACUUAUUUUGCAGUGCGUUUGAUAUUCUGUGCUUGCCAUUGGGCUGUACAGGGUCUUUCAUAUUUCAGAACUUUAUUACUGGGUGCGACAGAAAGUGUAUCUCAUAGUGUCAGUUCCAAAAAUCAAUACAGUGUUGCCUCCCAAUCCCACCCUGAAACAAUAGUUUGACUCGCCAUCUUACUGUCGGUAAAGCUUUUGAAAUAUAAUUCUGCAAAUAAGCAACCAAAAAUACUUAUUUUUUGUUCACUAGUUUAAUAUUUUUUUACUUAAGAAACCAUGCAUUGGAGUCCACGUGUAGCCUCCUUGACUUUGGUGCAGUUACUUUUUUAUUUGAAGGCAGGCUCACCUGUUUCAGUUAGCCACUCCCUCCGCCACUAUCUGAUGGCCACACCCACUGGUUCGGGGUUACCCAGGUUUUUGGAGGUGGGGCUUCUAGACGGGAUGCCCUUCUUCCGCUACGACAGCAACGUGGGCAGAGCCGUGGCCCUGUCCCCUUGGUUCUCAGACUUUGUGAUAGGCAGAGAGGGGGAUCAGCUGAACUGGGACAUGCAGACUGCUCAGCAAAUCCUGACCAGGGGACUAGGGGAAGCCAUGCAUCGCUUCAAUCACACAGGGAUUCAUGUUUUCCAGGGUACGCUGGGGUGUGAGCUGCUGUCUAACGGAUUGCCACGGCCGUUCCUGAGCUACAGCUACGAUGGCAGCGACUUCAUCAGCUAUGAGCCGAGCACCAGGACCUGGACACCAGCCCAGCCCCAGGCCUUCGUGUACAAGCAGCUGCGGGAGGCAGACCUGGACUACCAGCCGGUCCUCGACAGCUACUAUGGGGCUGUGUGUGUGGCACAUCUGCGCGAGUUCCUGGACCAUGCUGGUGACGUCCUGAAGGAGACAGCUAAACCUGAAGUCACUCUGAUUGAGAAACGGAGCCACUUGUCUUCAGUUCCGGAGGUCACAUGUCAUGUGACUGGGUUCUACCCGCCAGAGGUGAUGGUGGAGUGGCUGGAGGCAGGAGGGAGCCCCUUGGUGGAGGGCGUAACCAGCGGCGAGGUGCUUCCAAAUGGUGACGGCACAUACCAAUUCAGGAAGACGCUGAAAAUGUCAAGCGGAGCCAAGGACACCCAGAGUUACAGCUGCUUGGUUCUCCACAGUAGCAUACCCACAAACAUCACUGUUACUUGGGCUCCCAAAAGGAAUGGUACUGAUUGGAUCAUUGUUGGAGUUGCCGUAGUCGCCGUUGCUGCGAUACUCACUGCAAUUGCUGUGGUUGCCUGGAAGGAAGUACUGGUGCCCGCUACUGUAUAUUUAGCUCUCACUAGCACCAUCUGGUGGACAGGAAGUGUGGAAGCUGACAGAUCAGGGGACACCGGGGAAGAGGAAGAUGGCCACAGCCAGGAAGGAAAGUCUGCGAGGUGUGCUUUUCUGAGAGAGUAAUUCAGCAAUGGCAGCAAUGGGAAUUACCCUGAAAGAUCAUCUCCAGCGUGGAAAGAUGCUGACGGUGCAUUCAAGUUGUACAGGAUGUUGUAGUGCUGGAAUUCAACUACAUUUGAUGGGGUGGACAGUAUUUAAAAAAACAGCAUUGUUUACAAAAUGUGCAGGAAGAACCAGAGGAGCUAUCAGUGUUGUUCUGAGUCUCAGUUUAAUUUGUUUUAGCAGUCUGUUCCAUGUGCGUCAUAGUUUUUAGGUAUUUCCUUGAAAUGAUUUGGGAUCUGAAUUCAGGAUUUCUUGUUGUCUCCUGGAGUAUUGCUUGUUUGUUAAGCAGAUGGCUAUAUCUUUGGCAGCUUGUGGGGUAUUAGUAAGCUAAUGCAGGAUGUAGUAUAAAGUACAAAUUGCAUUUCCCAUAUCGAUCAUAUUGAUCGUAUGCAUCAGAGAAUUUAACAUG